AUGAACACUCAUGUGGUUGACAGCCUGCUGCUGCUUUUCAUUUUCACCUGUAUCAAGACCUGGACAAUAGAAGCUACAAAACUAACAUCCCUGUUGGGCUCUGAACCUACCCUGGCUGUAACGCUAACCAGACAUCAGUCUCCGUGCGUUAACCCAACCGAGGAAGUUCUUGAGUUGCAGCCAAUCAGCGGCAGGACACUCUAUCCCACAAAAAAAUAUUUAUUAACUCAUAUCAUUUGCUCAAAGAUUGAGCACCGCAAGAUCUACGGUCCGCUGUGGAAGUCGGAGUUAGGCCCUCUGACCCUUGUGAACAUGGCUCAGGCGGACCUGAUAGAGCAGGUUUUGAGGCAGGAUGGGAAACAUCCGAUCCGGACCGACAUGCCCUUCUUGAGGUUGUACCAAGAGAUGAGGAACCAGGCCUAUGGACCCCUGACCGAGAUUGGGGCCAACUGGCAGCGGACCCGCAGUAUCCUGAACCCGUGGAUGUUGAUACCCAAACACUGUCGAUCUGUCAAUCAUUUCCUCAAGGAAAGCCACUCCCACUCCCACUGA